AUGCGUUUCCUACACCACUCCUCAGCCCAGAGCCGGUUUUACACUAACAGAUUCUACGUAAAGAAGUGUGGAAGUUGCAAGUCUCUUAACAGUCUCUCGUCUGUAAAUUGUAUUAGUUGCUCAAACACUUUAACUGACCAUGACAUAAGGCUUAGGAACAUUGACCAUAUAUGCGAGGCCACCAAUUCUCGGAAGUGGCAAAACCCACACGAUUUUACCGUGUAUAGGUGUUUUGACUUUACUGUGAUGUUUAAUAGAACACCUUGCUCUUUCAUACACUUGUCUGCAUUCCCAAACGGAACCUUUUACGACAUCAAGAACUUCAGAAAGGCCCACCUGCCUUUGAUAAGUAAGAUGAACGAGAAGUGUAUUGGGAUUUUCAGGGAUAUAAUCGGCGGUAAAAUUAACCUUCCACUUCCACAAAACAAGUUUUCGGAGCAUUUUAAGGCCCAGAUUUCUGGCAAAUCGCAUACUGAGUAUGUUCUAAAGAGUGCAAUAUUUGGGUUCAACUACCCUAACACGAAUUCCCACGUUGACAUGCACGCAAUUCUACCCCCAAUUGAGUCCUUCAACAUUUUCAAAUCACCCUUUUAUUACCCUCUCGACAAGGUCAUUUCCGACCUCAGGAUCUUUGGACACGUUAGGCAAUAUUCCCCAGCUCAGAUCAGGAAAAUGUAA